GCCAAUAGGAAGAGGUCUCUCCAGGUGCAGGUGUCGGACGACUGCGCUGUUGACUCGAUCCGUACCUCUGUACGCUUUCGGUAAAGUUACCAUUUCGUAGCAAACAACAAAACAAACAAAAGAGCUGGAAUUGAAAAGUUUCUCCAUUUUUUGUUAGCGGGAAAGGACAACGGACGACAUGGUAUUCUUUUUUGUCGUAUGUAUUUUGGUGACCUCGUUUUUGUGGACCAACUCUGUCCUCUCGCUUGCAAAGAAAAUUCUGCGUGUAACUCUCCUGUGUUUGCAAAUCAACAUGAAGCUUGUGUUGAUGAGGACCGUUUUGAAGAACGCAUACUCAAUGCGGGACAGCAGGACCCCCCAUACCGGCUCAACUGCUCCUUGGAGCCAUUUCCUCAUGCCCAGGGAGACUCUCGGCCCCAGGUGGCUUGGCUGAAGGACUGUCAGCAGCUCAGUGCCCAGCAGGGAAAUUACUACCUGGAGUUUUCAAACAUCUCUUUCGAAAGCGGAGGGAACUACACCUGUUUGCAGCCUGGAAACAGCACAGCUUCGUUCACGGUGCGCCUAAUCGUUAAAGGUGAGCUCCACAUUCGCCUCACAUCUUUAGAAUGCUCCAAGGCUCCAACGUUUCCUUCUAAGGAGGUUCAGAGCAGCCUCUGGGGACAGGUGGGCUCCGCCGUGGAUCUGAAUUGCACCGCCCUGCUCUCCUGGGACCCGACUGACGAACAAUGUGACGCCUCACUGCACUGGACCAAAGAUGGCCGUCCCCUGGACAACGGCUCCUUGAUUUUACAAAACACCUCCUCAUGGUUUCAAGCUGGAGGUCAGCUGGUGGUGAGCAGCGUGCUGGUGGUCCAGCUUCAGGAGUUAGAAGACUUUGGACUGUACAGCUGCACAGUGAGGAACUCUUCUUCCAACUUCAACCUACAGAAAUCAAGCACCCCAAGCCACACUGCUGCUGUCACCGGGGCCUUAGUCCUCCUCCUCUUCUUGGCUGUGGCUGCUGUCAUCUACUCCAAGUGCCACCUGAACAUCAAACUGUGGUACCGCGACUCUUACGGGGACUACGAGAUGAGCGAUGGCAAGUUGUACGACGCCUACAUCUCUUACGUGAACAAUGACUACGACAGGAAGUUUGUCAAUUUUAUUCUCAAACCUCACCUGGAGAAUAAACACGCACACAAGGUGCAUCUCAAUGAAAACGACAUCAUGCCUGGCUUGGAACCUUCGGCAGAGCUUUUAAUGAACAUUAGUCGCUCCCGACGUCUCAUCGUGUUGAUGUCUCACGCAUAUCUGGAGCAGGACUGGUGCUCCAACAACUUCAGACAGGGCCUGCUGCACUUGUUGGAGCUGUGCCGGCAGCCCAUCGUCAUCAUACUGGAAGGUCAGCUGAAGCGCAUGAGGCCUGAAAUCAAGCAGCAGUUUAGUGAGCACCAACACUGUCUCACCAUACUCACAUGGAGGCACAACUCUGUGACUCCCUCCUCCGCAUUCUGGAAGGAGCUGGCCUUGGCCAUGCCUCGCAGGGUCGUCUUCCGCAACAAGGCGGCGGGGGACCCCCAAACCGUCCUACAGGAUGACAAAGACCCCAUGCUGACCCUUGACCCUGACUAUCUGGACUGCCGCUCUGACACAGACCCCGCUGGGGACCUUGGAGUGCGUCUCCCCAUAUACAAAGCUAUGACCUCGAAGGCCCCGGUCCUCCCAGUUGUAUCCAGUAGCGAGCGAGGACCCAGAAACCCAGACAUAGACGUGUCGGACUUGGGAGCACGCAACUACGGAGCCCGCUCAGACUUUUACUGCCUGGUCACGAAGGAGGACAUCUGACCCCCGCACACACACUUACCUCUGAUGAACACAAUUAGGAAGUCUAGCUGUAUUUGUCCCGUGUCAUUUUUGUGCAUUUGUUUGAAAUCACAAUGUCCCUCGUGGUCCUUUCCAUUUA